GACAUGCUCAGUUGCAUGUUGAAUUGAGUCGAGUUCGCCCAUUUUCAAAUGCAAACUUCAGCAGAAUUUCAAUUAAACAAAUAAUUAUAUGCAAUGUAGAAAUGACUGCAAAUCUAUUUGUUAACUAAAGGGCUUAAAACCCAUACCCCUUUCUUUAAAUAUUUUAUUUGGGAAACCAACAAGAAAGUCCCUUAUAUACGAUCCAAGCCGACACCACUGUCCCUUCCUCGAGGUGGCGAUUGCCAUCCCAUUGACCAUUGUUAUAUUUGUUUAUUUCAUUUUGUUCUUUUCUAUUUUCUAAUAAGGACCCAACACUAUACAAUCCUAUAUACACACAAAGAUUGAUAAUGGUAAACUGGAGCUUCCUCGGUUUCAGACAGUCCACUCACUACUGGUGACCAGCCUAUUCUUGAAAGAUUCAUAUAUAAUAAUAAUAUAGUACAUACUCAGCAACUAAAGCAUUGAAUGUACAAACAUCAAGAAGAGAUCAAGUAAUAUAUUCUUAGGAUUUGUGGGAUCAUAUAAAAAUUCAGAGAAGAUGAGGCCAAACUGGGAGCUGAACAAAUGCUGUAACCAUGAGCAAGUUGUGUUUCUUGUCACUGUAUCUGUCUGCAGUGUUGUUAUUCUUGCGUUAUGGAGAACAGUAUUGCUAACACCAUUCAAGCUUGUGACUGUAUUCCUUCAUGAGGCGAGCCAUGCUAUUGCUUGUAAACUAACUUGUGGUCAUGUGGAAGGUAUUCAGGUUCACGCAGAUGAAGGUGGAACCACUCAGACACGCGGUGGCGUGUACUGGUUUAUCUUGCCAGCUGGAUAUCUUGGUUCGUCCUUUUGGGGGAUGGUAUUGAUACUUGCAUCUACAAAUCUUCUUACAGCAAGAAUUGCAGCAGGAUGUUUUCUUGUUGCUUUACUUGUUGUAUUGUUGGUAGCUAAAAAUUGGACUCUUCGAGGACUUUGUAUUGGGUUUGUUGUUUUCCUUGGGGUGAUUUGGGUCCUGCAAGAAACGACAAAAUUUCGUAUUCUUCGGUAUAUUAUUCUAUUCAUUGGUGUAAUGAACAGCUUGUUUUCUGUUUAUGAUAUUUAUGAUGAUCUGAUAUCGCGUAGAGUCCAUUCUAGCGAUGCUGAGAAAUUUGCAGAAGUUUGUCCUUGCCCAUGUAAUGGCAUGGGAUGGGGCAUUAUUUGGGGUUUAAUAUCUUUCUUGUUUCUUUGCGGCGCCAUGUACCUUGGACUUGUGAUAUUAUCUUGAGUUCUUUUGUUCCUCUGCAGGAAAGAGAGAAUUUUGGUUCAAAUUGUUUGGGACAUCAACUUGAUUGCAACUUCAUGCUCUCAAUAAUUGCCAUCUCUUAUAUCAACCAUAUGUUUUGAUCAUGAGUCAUAUUACAGAUGAGUCAAAAUGAAAUUGAUUAGUUGUAAUCCUGAUUUAUUUUUACUUCUUUAUCAAACAGCUGAUUUUUUAUUAAUUUGUUACCCGAUGAGUACAAUUGUUAAGCUGAGCAGAAACAAGUAUUGGUUACUCAAGUAAUA